GAAGCAGCAAAGGCCCCUCUCCCCUCCGCCCUCCUCAUGGGCGGCUGGCCGCGGCCCGCGCUGCUGCUGCUGGGGCUCCUGGCGGGCGCCUGCGGCCUAGCGCUGCUCGCCUACUGCUGCGUCCGCUUCGACCAGCGGCGGCGCCGCGACCCCGGCUUCAAGCGCCGGCUGAGGGAGAAAAGAAGAAAAGAACGUGAACAAGCGAAAGAGCGCGAGAAAGAGUUACGUGAGCAGAAGGACAUGGCUAAGGUGCAAGAAUUCUUUCUGCAAGAGAUACAGCUGGGUGAACUGUGGCUGGGCCAAGGAGAGUACCGAAAGGCCAUUGAACACCUCGCCCAGGCGCUUGCAGUAUGUACACAUCCAACCGAGUUCAUGCAGAUCCUGGAGCAAACUCUACCCCCCCAAAUCUUUGAGAUGCUGGUGCACAGAAUUCCGCAUGUCACGCAAGGGCUCGAGAGGGCCCUGAACGAGCAGGAUCCACCGGUCGAGUGAGAAGGCAACCUUGCCCCAGGGACAACUCUUAACAUUGACCCUCAGGAUCGCCAACGAGCCCUCCUUCAGAAAGAUUCUCUGCACAAUAGUAAUUUGCAUUUAUUUCACUUUGAUUAAAUAAAAAAUAAACUUGCU